AUGAGUUUCGUCUCCAACUACCCACCGGCCGGGUCCAUGACCCGCGUCUUCACGCCGCCGUGCGGGCCCAUCACCAACGCGGGCUACGGGCCGUCGUCGUUCAUCGGCGAGCACGGGCACGCCAACUACGCGUCGUCGUGCGGGCCGCCGGGCUGGCUCGACCGCAACGCCGGCGAGUUCUCGGUUGGCUACUUCUCGCCCGCCAUCUGCCCGGCCGGCUACACGGCGGCGUGCACAUGGUACGACGUGGCGCAAGGGCCGGCGCCCGCAGCCGGCACCGAGACGGCCAUGAACUGCCUGCCCAGCGGGUACGCGUGCAACACGGCCGUGCUGCGCCACGGCACGCUCACCGCCGCCGCCCUCGGCGACAAGAAGAGACAGGAGGGCGCGUCUACGCUCACCGAGGCCCCCUACUUCUUCAUCCGCUGGCGCGCCCAGGACUUGUCCGUCUUCGAGACCCACCCGCUGUCGCCCGGCGUGUACCUGGUCAACGGGAUCCCCGAGUCGACGUCGGUGUCGACGCCGACCUCGUCAUCUUCCGCAACGACAGGCCCAAUAACGUCGCCGUCCAAGUCGUCGUCAUCCUCCUCCUCCUCCAGCACCGCGAUCCAGACCGACACCUUGCCCCCUCCCUCGUCGCCAUCGUCAUCAUCAUCCCUAUCCACCGGGGCGAUCGCGGGCAUCGCGGUGGGCGCGAUCGGCGGCGUGGCGCUGAUCGCAGCGGCAGCCGUGUUCGUGUGGCUGCGCAAGCGCAGGGCGGCAGCACAAGGGACACAUCCCGCCGUGCCCGAGCUGCACGACCCGAAAGCCGUGCCCGAGCUCGACGCGCCGCCGCAGGGGGGCGGCCUGAAGGAGCUCGCCGCCGUCAAGGACCCGCUGGACCCGCAGGAGCUGGCCCUGACGGCGGCAGCGGCAGAACUCCCUACCGAGCGGCACGACCAGAGCACCCCCGCCGAGCUCUCGGCGGCGACAACAUCACCCGCAACAAGGGCGGCGUACCACCUGUCCACGCCGUCAGACAGCCCGGGCCACGGCAGCGGCCAAGGAAACGACCCGUGGACGCCGAGCCCUGUCGCGUCGACCUCGUCGCCCAACACCGCAACGACAGCCACGGCGACAACAACAACAGCGUACAUACCAACACCGCCGCCGUGGGCGCCCGAGACGGAGCCGCUGCCGGGCCCGCCGCCGGCGCUGGUAUCGGACGGCGGGUCCGGGUUCGAGGCGGCGCACGACGACGAGCUCGCCGAGCUGCGCGCGCGCAAGGCCGAGAUCGACGCCAAGCGCCAGCGCCUACUGCAGCUGCAGCAGCUCGACGACGAGGAGCAGGGCCUGCAGCGGCGUAUGCGCGAGCUUGCCUCUGGUGGCAACAGAGGGGGGUCUGGGUCUGGGUCCAGGACUGGGGCGGGGAUGGGGGGUUAA